UCGUGUGUGCAUGCUGGUGUGCAGUGCACAUUUCUGGAUGAUGGCCUGUCAGAUAUGAGCACAGAGCUGGAUGAUUCCAUAUUAGACAGAGAUGUCCAAGAUGAGGACUAUUCUCCCGGUGAUGAGGAUCAAUCUGUUGAUGAUGAUGAUGAUGAUGAUGAUGACGACACUGAAGAAGAAUGGAUUUCCUUGAAGGAGAAGGAGUCUAUCGUUGAUAGAAACCCUAUUCGAAUGCCCCGUGCCUGGUGGCUAUUAAAAACAUUAGAGGAAGCUUUGCCGUGUUCAAAGCAACAUGCAGACAGGGUCACAUCAAAGAAUGGUACACAAUUAUUGGUCAGCAGUAUCAACCAAAGAGAACAUGAGGAAUGUCGGCAGAAGUGGAUGUCAUCGCCAACCAUGUCAUGAAUGUUCACAAGGGCCAUGGUGACCCAUUUACAGAAUGUCUGAAUGAUAAACUGGUAGAGGAAAGAGAAUGGCUCAUAAAAGGUAAAGUGAAUCAAAUAAGCUUUUGAAAGAUAAUUCAGAGAUGCUAUUUCUCUUAAUUCUCUCCAUUGAUGUGUUCCGGGAUCAAAAGCACAUAAGGAACUGCUAAUCAUGAUAAAUAAUAAGAUGCUGCUCAAAGACAUUGGCAACUUAUCGCCUAUUCAACAAACAUCAAGCCUUGAAGCCUGCCAUAAUGUAGUGCUGGACUUCGCUCCAAAGGCCUCCCAUUUCUCACACAGGACAAUGAAAGCAAGGUACUGUACAUUAGGGGUGAAACUAAAUAUACAGUUCCACAUACCCACAAUGUACAUUGCUCAUGUGUUUGAGGAGCAAAUGAAAUGUGCUAAAUUUGUCGCGACUCUAAACUUGGCUACACAGCUGUCACUAUCGAAUAUUUUUAGAAUCGAUGAUUCCAAAAUAUUUGUAUUCUUCUGUUUAUUGUUGCU